AAGCCGCGCCAAUGAAAGAGCGAGGUCGCCAGUGGGCGGGACUUCCGGGGUCACCCGCCCCACCUGGAUGAAAGUCACCUGGGGGGGGGUGGGGGCCGGCAGCACGCCAACUCGCCAACUCGCCAACUCGAGACGCCCGUGCGGGAGCGCGACUUCGUUUCGCCCCCGAACGACCGAGAAGCGCUUUUCAUUCGGCGACAAUUUGAUCGCUGGCUGCACUUUCGCCGGACCUUCCCAUUGGAAUUGGCUUGAUUCGGUCUCUUUCGGAGAACAUUUAUAUAUCUGUCAAUUCUUUUUAUCAUUGUUGUCGUUGCGGUUGUUUAUUUUCGCCAUUGUGCCUUUCUCGAGCAUUUUUGUCUUCCGCCUGCAGGACGAACAUGCAACUGCGCAGGAUUGUAUUUUUGUCUCUGCUCUGUCUCCAUCCCUUCGCUGCCAUCCGCGCAUCAGAAAGCCGGUUGCUCGAUCGCGCCAGCCUUUUCCUUGCAACGCGUCGUGCGGACUCUAUGAUGAUGCUGAAAUGCAGUCGCAGUGGUCAUUUGGCGUGGAUGAAUUGUUUCAUCCGAGCAUGCGCGUCGGUCGCGCGGGAUUUCAAAUGUGCCAAACUGGAGAAGAACAAAUCUGGGCUUCUCUCGGCACGAUAUGUAAACGAAAGCCUUAUUGGCGUUUCGGCGACAUUGUGUUCGACUUCUUGUUUUUAGGUCGCGUGGGAGACGAGCGCGCCAAAGGUCAGACCUCGCCACCGCCCCCCGUUUCCCCCGCCGAGGUCAAAUCCCGGCGGGCCUCCGAGGGCUCCCCCGAUCGCUUUGCCCGGUCUCGCUCUCCGAACGACGGGGACCGUAAACACCGCGACGCCAACGCCGUCGUGCCCUUCAUCGGCCUCACCGACACCGCCGAACAGAGCCGAAGCUGCUGUAAGAACGGAGGGACCUGCAUUCUGGGCAGCUUCUGCGCGUGUCCUCCCUUCUUUAUCGGUCGGAGCUGUGAGUACAACCAGCGCAUCAGGCACUGCGGUCUGAUCCCGCACGGCGAAUGGGUGCGCAAGGGCUGCUCGUACUGCCGUUGUGGUUACGGUUUUCUGCACUGCUUCCCUCGCGUCUUCCACAAAGACUGUGAAGACUCCGAGGAGGUGCAGUGGUCUCAUUCGUCCGCCGUUAGGACACUUCAGAACAGCUGCGUGCUCAGUCUGGCGCUGCUUCUACCACGCUAUCUCUUCCUGUGAUACAUAUACUGUAUAUUUUGAAACGAGGCAUCUCCAAAGCUAUUCUGAGCUUCAAAUGUGUUUAUAAAAAAAAAAAAAAAAAAAGUAUUUAUUUUAUUCAAGUGAAAUGUUUUACCAACCGAAGAUAAAAAUAGCUCUGGGGCAACAAAUGGAAGCCAGACGAACCCUGACGGGGACCCGUUGGAAAAGUUCAGCAACUGCUCGCCUUUAUGGCCGAAAGAAACUUCAGACAUUUGCAAAAAGACGCUCGCUGAUGCUGACAGCCUUUUUUGUCAGCAGCUAACGCCUUUGUAAUGACAUCAAACGAGAAACAUCAUGUUACGAAUGACUUCCGAGUUUCCUUUGUGAACUCAAAUGAGUUAUUUACGUGUAUCCAACCACAUUUGUGCGCGUUUAUCUGUCUCGGGGACAGCUGUACAUAAAAUUCGACACUUUUUUGCAUCUUUAUUUUUAGGCCACUUUUUUUUUUUUUUUUUUUUUUCCCCUUGUUUUGAACUUUGUGUCUUCUGUCUGUUUGCACAAGUGAUGAGUUGAUGUGACACUUGAGGAUACCAGGGUAUAAACCUGUAUGCGCUGUUUAUUAAACUUGUUACAAAAAUGUGUAUUGUGUGUAUAUAUACAUAUGUAUAUAUACUGUAAAUGUUUGUACACUGUAUAUGCACACAUUUUCUUUACAUUGUGCCAAACGGCAUCCACAUGCUCUCGUAUGCGAGAAGAUGCAGAAUUGAUGACAUUGACUCAAAAGUUCCCAUAACACAUACGAUGUCGUUUUCUAAGUGUUAAAACAGGAACAUCUUGAAUAAUAUUAUCGUUAUUAUUAUUUUGAAAUGACUCUAGCCUUAUUUUGCAGCAUUCUUGUCGUCGCGAGAGUCCGAAAAUAUCCGUUCACGAAUAAAAAGAGAUGG